AUGUCGACUCCCACAGUUGCUUUCCAGCCGCCGGCGUCGGCCCCAGAAAAUCAACAGGCACAACCAGGACAGCAGUCACAAAGAGGCGGCGGUCGAGGCGGCAGGGGCCGUGGUCGAGGAGGCCGCAAUGGUCCAGCAGCCCAUGCGCAGCCUAAUGCUGCACUUGAGCUAGUACCUACCUUUGAGCUAGUACCUGCCUCUGUACAGGAAGCGGCACACCGGGGUGGAAGAGGUGGACGUGGAGGACGAGGCAGUGGUCGCGGAAGAGGUGGCUCACAGCAUCCACCCCAGCGAAUAGCUGCUGGUGGCCGUCAGUUCGGUGGACAGUUGACUGUUGAGGAUGACACUGCAUCCGUGUCCUCAGAGACGCCCCAAGGGCUACAAGCAGACGCACCUGCCUUUCAACCAGGCAAACCGAUUCCUACCCGUAAGCCACGACCGCCGAAACAAAAGCAACCACAAGCCCCAAAGUCGACGGCCCCCGAUAUCGCCACUAGAACACACGAGGACAUCGACAACGGUCAUUACGAGUGCGCCAUCUGUACAGAGGACAUUACGAGACGAACGCGGGGCGUCUGGUCGUGUAGGACAUGCUGGACAGUAUUCCACCUGGGAUGCAUCAAGAAAUGGUCAACCAACGAGGGCUCAGCAGCGGCGCGGCAGCAAGCCCAAGACGGAGAGACGCCCCCACCGAGACAAUGGCGUUGUCCAGGAUGCAAUUUGCCAAAGGAUGUUUUGCCAAAGAAUUUCCACUGUUGGUGUGAGAAGGAGCUGGACCCUCGUUCCACACCUGGUAUACCCCCAUUCUCGUGUGGUCAGUCUUGCUCACGACCACGAGUGCUUCCCAAGCCUUGUCCACAUCCCUGUGGUUCGACGUGCCACGCUGGGCCCUGUCCGCCUUGUAGUUUGAUGGGACCUACGCAGCACUGCUUCUGUGGCAAGAAGUCAGUGACACGUCGUUGCGUUGAUACCGAUUACGAGCACGGUUGGAGCUGUGGUAGCGUCUGCGGAGAACUCAUGUCUUGCGGACAGCAUCGGUGCGAACGACCGUGUCAUGAGGGUCCUUGUGGUGCUUGUGAAGAGAGGGUACCAGCGCGUUGCUACUGUGGUCAGGUUCAGAAGGACAUUCUGUGUCAUGACCGAGAAAUCGAAAAGAAUAGCAGCCAGUUGCAUGUCGCUGCAGACGGCACUAGUACGGCAGAGAACUGGGUCGGCUCGUUUCAAUGCCCUAACAGGUGUGGUCGUUCCUUUGAUUGUGGAAAGCACACUUGCGAACAGGCGUGUCAUCCACAGAAUCUGGAAGCACCUCACUGUCCACGAUCUCCAGAUGUAGUCACCCACUGCCCUUGUGGCAAGACUGCACUGCGCGACAUGUCAAGUGAAUCUCGGAAGACCUGCGAAGACCCGAUACCUAACUGCGAUAAACCAUGUGGGCAGAUGCUGGCAUGCGGACAUAAAUGCCGGCAACACUGCCAUCAGGGCGAGUGUCGACCAUGCCUGGAGAAAGUCAACAUUUCGUGCAGAUGCGGCCGUACGUCUUCCCAGACGAUAUGCCACCAGGGAACCGAAGAGCCUCCUCAGUGUAUGCGCGUCUGCCGUGUCUCGUUGAACUGUGGACGACACGAGUGUGGCGAACGCUGCUGUGCUGGCGAGAAAAAGGCUGCCGAGCGGCAAUCCAACCGUCGCAAGCCGAGACCACUGGACUCAGUUCCUCGUCGGCCCCUUGAAAACUUUGAAUCAGAGCAUAUUUGUACCCGCAGUUGUGGCCGCCAGUUGAAAUGCGGCAAUCCUGAGCACCGUUGCCAGGAACUUUGUCACAAAGGCCCUUGCGGAACAUGUCGUGAUGCCAUCUUCGACGAACUCAGUUGCAAUUGCGGACGCACUGUCUUGCAGCCUCCUUUACCGUGUGGUACCAAGCCACCCCCUUGCCGAUUCAAGUGCGAACGGCCCAAGGAAUGUGGCCAUCCUCAGCUGGACCACAGCUGCCAUCAGGACGACCAAGCUUGCCCCAAAUGUGCGUUCUUGACUACGAAACCAUGUUUGUGCGGCAAAAGUGUUCUUAAGAAUCAGCCAUGUUGGCUAAACGAAGUUCGCUGUGGCCAGGUGUGUGGUCGUACUCUCAAGUGCGGCACACAUAAGUGCCAGAAGCAAUGUCACCGACCUGGGGAAUGUGAAGAGCCUUGCACUCAGGCCUGUGGAAAGGAGCUCAACACCUGUGGUCAUCCUUGCUUGGCUCCAUGCCAUUUUCCACAUCCAUGUACAGAGGAGAAGCCUUGCCCACACAAAAUUUUCGUCACCUGCGAUUGCCAGAGAAUCAAGCAAGAGGCCAAAUGUAACGCUUCAAAGAAUAGCGAUGGUAAUCUGAAAAAGAAUCUCAAGUGUGACGACGAAUGCGCACGCUUAGAGCGAAACCGAGUUCUAGCACUUGCUCUCAACGUCGAUCCAGCCCACCAAAACGACCAUAUCCCCUAUUCCGAUGCCACGUUGAACAUGUAUCAACAAAAUUCUACUUGGGCAGCCACGCAAGAAAAGCAACUACGACUUUUCGCAGCUAAUCCGGAGGAGAAACGCCUCCGUUUCAAGCCCAUGCCUCGCAACCAGCGCGCCUUCAUACACUCACUUGCAGAGGACUUUGGCAUGGAUUCUGAGAGUAUGGACCCAGAGCCUCAUCGCCAUGUGGCCAUUUUCAAAACUCCGAAGUUUGUCAUGGCACCAAUGCGAACACUUGCAGAAUGUGCACGCACUCGCCAGGUCCAACAGCGUAUUGCUCCUGCACCGGCUUCAGCUGCCUCUUCAUCUGCAACGCCACGUCCUAAGGCCAGCACUACGAAUACUGAUCCAUAUAACGCGUUCCUUAUCCUCAAUCCUCGCUUCGCCCUCACUAUAGAGGAACUCGCUCCUAUCAUCAAGAGUGUACUGGCAACUACAUCGUUCCGCUGCGAACUGGAAAUUACAUUUCUCUUGAACGAGUCAGUUGCAUUGAAGCCGCCUCUAGCAGCACGUCUUAGCAUCCCAGAACCCGACAUGCAAGCUAUGCUCGAAUCCAUCCGAGCACCGCUAUCCCAAGCUCUCAACGCGCAAAGCAUUGGCAAAAUCCAGCUCGCACGCCUUGACUCGACUCUGACAGUUCUCCGCAAAGAAUCCGACGUCGGACCUGGAUCUGGAUGGAGCCAAGUCGCAGCAUCAAAGGGUAUUCCUACCCGACAGUUGCAGAAGAGCACGCCGUUUGGCAACAAGGGCGGCUUUGCAGUCUUGAGUCUGAGCAGCAAGAAAAAGAAGAAGGAGACGCCUGUUGAGGUGGCUGAAGAUUGGGAGGCAGCUGAGGAAGAGGAGGAGCAGAAGGAGAAGACUAGUAGUUCUAGCAGUGAGAUUAUAAGGGAGGACGAGGGUGCUACGCCAACGGAUGCACCCGAAGCUUCGGAGUCUGUGGCUGUGGGUGAAGGGGAUAAGACUGUGGCUUCGGAGCAGGAGGUGCCUCUGGCGACUAGACCUACAUCGGGUCGAUGGUCUGAUCUUGAGGAUGGGGAGUAG